UAUAAGCAAGUGAACGACAGAAAACAGACAGAUGGAUUUGAUCAGCAGUGAUAGCACGCUGGGAUUAUGACAGUUUUCAUAGAUCAACAGGAAAGAAGCAAAACGAGGACAAGUUGUGGGAACUAACUAGCUUCUGCGGACCAGAGGAUUAAAAGAAGAGGACAGAGAACGGGCGCUAGAAUGGAUAAACUCAGCACAAUUUGAGAUCAGUUUUAACAAGUGGAUAGACUUUGUUUCCAUCUGAGUGCUGCCAGGCCCUUAGACCUGCCAGACCCGAGCUGCUGGUGUACACCAACACAGAGUAAUUUUCUCAGCAUCAGCCAGUUGACCAAUGAAGUCAGCGCUGUAGGGAAGAUUGGCGAUGAUCCGCUUUCAGCUUUGCCAGGAGUGUCAGAGCAAUCGCCGUUAGAGCUCAUUGUGUUUGCAGUAGCGCAGAGAGUGAGAGAAAGCAGACAGUGUGUAGUAAUCUAAGGAUGACACCCGCACUUUAUUCCAUCAGAUAGUGCUCAGUGAGGUGUGCGGUGCAACUCGCUGCGCUUUGUCUCUACACUACAAACACACACACAUUAAGCACUCACAACUACACACACACAAACACACCAGAGCCACACACUUACACAGACCAACAAGGCAUCAGGUCCUGACAAUCAGCGAAACUGUGUCUGGACCUUGAACACAGCAGGGUUUGAGAUCAGUGUGUUUGAGCGAGAGUGUAACUGGAGUGCACCCAGGCGCCGACUGCAGCCAGUGGAACACGUUAGAAAGGAAGCGUUAGGAAAGCCGAUGCUGCAUGAUUAAACUGUCCGAUAGCCUGUGAUUAUUCAAGUAAAAUCAGUAAAAUCUCUGUCCAUUUGCGCUGCAGUGUGUACAUGAUAGCUCAUCUGCAAAGUUCUAGCAUCCAAGCGAAUAAUGGUAGAAUUCUUGUGAGGAUCACGUGAAAGUCUCCGGGGUAAUAUAGCAUACCAAAAUAUGUAGCAUCUGAAUGUAAAGUAUCUUACAACAGUUUUGUUCAGUGCUUUGCAAGUUCGUUCUUCUACACAGGGCAAGCACUUUCACUCUGUCUUUUCAGCGCUGCACUCGAGCUCAAUGGAUUUUAUUUAACCUUGGCUAUCUCUAGAUGAGUUGCAGUAAGAUAGUGUCUCAGUCUCUCAAGAGGUCUGGAUGGUUUGGUAUUAGCUCUAAGGAACAUUGACUUCUCUGCCUACUGAUUUGUUGGGUGAGAAGUGCUGAAAACCUUGUCUAACUCAUUAAAAUACAAUCUGUUUGAGGAUGAACGUUGUUGCCCUAGAUUCUUCUGUCCUUAAGGGCAUAGCAGUGGAGAUGGUUCUAUUUUGAAAGUUGUAAUAUUGUCAACACCAGCAGAGAAAAUCAGACCUGCUUUGGAUGUCAGUUUCAUUUGUUUUAUUUGACUGAAAUUUUGUAAUACUGAUGGUUUAUUUCCCCUAAAUAAGUGUGGUUUGACCCAAUGGAGACAGGUUGCCUAUUUGUUGUUGUGGUUAACUGUGUGGCUCAUUAUUGCUCAGACCCUGCUAUAAGCUCCAAGUGUGACGCUGUAGUAUACAGCUGAAGAAUUAAUUAACCUGUACCUCAUUAAGUUAAUUGCAUAGCUGCCAUUACUGAAUACUCUUGUUAGUAUACGGUCUGUUUGGUACUGUUUGGCAUUGUUUUUCUCAGUUUAUUGAUUUUGAGAAUCUCAAACUUUGGUCUCAGGAGACUUAAAGCGCUACAAUAAAAAAUUAGAUUUUCUUUAAAUUGAACUGAGCCUCAGUAGGACUUUGCAGUAGCAAAUCUCUCACAUUACAUGGAAUUAAAACAAUGCAUAGUCUAAAUUCUGUCUAAGGAACACAAGGAGCUAUAGUCAACAAAUGAACUUUGUUGCUGUAAGCUUUUCUCUGUGUGCAUUGUGAUAUAGUGUCUAAAUCGCUUGCUCUACAAUUGCUCUGAGCUCUGGCAAAACGUUUGUGUGUUGCGUGCAAACGCUGGCUAGAAGUCAGUCUUGUGUGGCUUUGUUGCUAAGGCAGUUUCUUUGCAUGUGCUUGGAUGCUGUAUAGCACAGUUUGUCCUCAUACAACAACAGUUAGCAUGUGCAUUAGUUGGCAUUGUUUUUGAGAACAAAUCCAAGUGCAUAUAUGUGUGUGUGUGGACUGGUUUGUCAGUAGCACUGCAGGCAGGGUCACAAAGGAGCCAUUGAUCAAACAGUCACAGCCACACACACACACACGCGCGCAUUUAUACAUACAAACACAAGUUCUCAAUACACAAUGAGGCCUGUCCGAAGCUCUGUCCUCUGCCGCCUCCUUCCUGCUCCUUACUCUCUUGCUCUGCGCAGCCUAGUUCUGGUCCUGCUCUGCAUCACUCCCCAUUGUCAGGCAGUGCAAGCAGAGAAUGUAACAGUCUUGGAGGGGGGUACGGCUCAGAUCUCCUGCCGCCUGCAGAACUACGAUGGAUCGAUCGUGGUCAUCCAGAAUCCCCGCCGCCAGACUCUCUUCUUCAACGGCACACGAGCCUUGAAGGACGACCGUUUCCAGAUGGUGCUCUUCACGCAACGGCUGGUUCGCAUCACACUGACCAACGUUAGCGUGUCCGAUGAGGGCGGCUACUUCUGCCAGCUCUACACGGAUUCCACGCACCACCAGGUGGCGACACUCUCGGUCUUGGUUCCCCCAGAGACACCCACAGUGGAGGUGAAGCAGGAGGCUGUGGAGGGCGGCGAGGCGGAACUCACCUGUGUGUCACCACGCAGCAAGCCGGCCGCCACCCUGCGAUGGAUGCGUAAAGGACGGGAGAUAGCAGGUGUGGUAUCCCUGCAGGACAAUGGGAAGACAUUCAGUGUAUCCAGCACCAUCCGCAUCCCGGUAGAAAGGAAAGACGAUGGGGCAGCACUGAGUUGUGAGGCAUUCCACCCUGCACUUAAUGGGCAGAAGAGGAUUCGGCAUUAUCGCCUGGAUGUGUAUUUUGCACCUACAGUUCGAAUUGUUCCUCCUGCUGGCAUUUUGCGAGAGGGCGACUCGCUCACCCUCACCUGCUCUGUCACUGGGAAUCCUCUGCCCAGAAACACUCAGUGGUCCAAGAUUAAUGACACCUUACCUGAGAGGGCAGAGAUUUCUGGCACUACUCUUCAGAUUUCCCGUCUUAGCCAAUCACACAACGGGACAUACCUGUGCCAGGCCCAGAACGACUAUGGUCGUGCUGCUGAUCAUUACACGCUGUUGGUGUAUGAUCCUGGUGCAGUGGUGGAGACUCACAGUGCAGUACCCUAUGCAGUGAUAGGUGGUGUUCUGGCGCUGCUGGUUUUCACUGUCAUCUGUGUCCUCAUUGUCACCAUCUGGUGCUCUGUCCGACAGAAAGGUUCCUAUCUUACCCAUGAGGCCAGUGGGUUGGAUGAACAUGGUGAAGUGCAAGAGGCCUUCCUCAAUGGGAAUGACGCCAGCCAGGGCAAGAAGGAGUACCUACUGUAGCCCUUCUCCUUCCCUACUCCCUUUUCUUCUGACCUCAUACCCUUUCCCCCUUCCUGUCCUUGUGUCCCACCUUAUAUACAGUAUACACACGCACACACACACACGCACACACACACACACACACACACACAC